AUGCCCGAGAUCAAGCCGAGCCCUCGCCGGACUUGCGCUUGCGAGGCUGCGAAAGUCGUCAAUGAUGUCGCGCCUGAGAAGGAGCGAGGAAGCCAUCGACAAGCGCCGGUGACGCCAGUCAAGAUCCAAAGGGCAAGCAGGCCGCGUCGAGCCCCGAUCGCGCCUCGAGCGAUCUCGUUGCCGACCUCACAAGCCAUCCUGGUUGUGUGCCUUGACUGUCUCGCACCCCUUUUUCGGCGCGCGAGCCUGAAGAAGGCCGCUCGUGCCGGAGCCGACAGAUCCUCGAACGCUGCCGGACUACAAGGCCAUGAUGGUAUGUACGACGAGAUCGGUCCGCAGUUCCCGUGGCAUGGCAUGGACAAGACGGCACGAUCGGAUGGUAUUGACAACCUCUGA